AUGGGUGUUCCGAAGUUCUUCCGCUGGCUGAGUGAGCGGUAUCCAUCAAUCUCGAUGCUCAUCGCAGAGAGCCGGAUACCCGAAUUCGACAGCCUAUACCUCGACAUGAACGGUAUUAUUCACAAUUGCACGCAUAGUGAUAGCGAUUCCCCGACGUUUCGCAUGACGGAAGAUCAAAUGUUCAUCGCCAUCUUCAAUUACAUUGAACAUCUAUUUGGCAAGAUUAAGCCCAAGAAGCUGUUUUACAUGGCAGUAGAUGGUGUCGCACCUCGCGCUAAGAUGAAUCAACAACGUGCCCGUCGUUUCCGUACAGCUCUGGAUGCAGAGACCGCAAAGGAGAAGGCUAUUCAGCAGGGCCUCGAGAUGCCCAAGGAAGAUGCUUUUGACAGCAACUGCAUCACUCCGGGUACCGAGUUCAUGCAAAAAUUGACGAAACAACUCAAAUACUUCAUCAACAAGAAAAUCUCAGAGGAUACGGAUUGGCAAGGCGUGGAAAUUGUGCUCUCUGGCCACGAAGUCCCAGGAGAAGGCGAGCACAAGAUUAUGGAAUACAUUCGCUGCUCGAAAGCGCAGCCCGACUACGAAUCCAAUGUCCGCCAUUGUCUUUACGGUCUGGAUGCCGACUUGAUCAUGUUGGGUCUUCUCAGCCAUGACCCUCACUUCUGCCUUCUUCGAGAGGAAGUGACCUUUGGUCGCCAAGUGUCGAAGAAGCCUAAAGAACUUGAACAUCAAAACUUUUAUCUUUUGCAUCUGAGCAUGGUCCGGGAAUAUCUGGAGUUAGAAUUCCAAGAGCUAGAACAAGAAGGUGUUCUGGGUUUCCCAUUUGAUAUGGAGCGUGUUAUUGAUGAUUUCAUUCUGAUGGCCUUUUUCGUUGGUAACGACUUUUUGCCGAACCUGCCAAAUUUACAUAUCAACGAGGGUGCCCUUGCCCUUAUGUUUAAGCUCUACAAGGAGGUGCUGCCGAAGAUGGGCGGCUACAUCAAUGAGCAGGGUGUCAUCAACGUGCAACGGUUGGGCAUGCUUGUGACUGCUCUAAGCGCCGUGGAAUAUCGAUUCUUCGAGGCAGAAAACUCCGAUGCUCAGUGGUUGAAAUCAAAGAAGGGCGCAAGCCUUGAUUCACUCUCGCAACAGAAGCCGAAAGAGCUUACUCUCACCCCUUCCCAGAAGGAGAUCCUCAAGACGGUCAAGAAGUACGUUUUGAACCGGUCUGACAAGGCUUCCGGGCCUUUGGACCUCCCUGCUACCCUCACGGCUCGUGAUCGUACCUUCGUUGAACAGCUUGCGGAUGAGCUCCGGCUGUCCUGGUCUUCCCUCGACAAUGAGAAUGGUGAUCGGUUCAUGAGGCUCUCGUUGCCUCAGACCCAAAGCGAUAGCGAUGACGAGGAAGAAGAUGAGGAGGCAUCGGUGGCUGUACAGCGUAUCAUUCGAAAAUAUGAGAAAGCCAAAGUUCAGGAAAUGACAGCCGAGGAAGCGCAGAAGGCUGCACAAGAGAAAUAUGAUGCUAAGUUCCUCGAGUGGAAAGAUAAUUAUUAUCGGACCAAGUUCGGCUGGGGCCUUGACAACAAGGAGGAAAUGAAGAAGCUGGCGCAGAACUAUGUGCAAGGAUUACAGUGGGUCUUAUACUAUUACUACCGUGGUAUUGCAUCGUGGCCCUGGUUCUUCCAGUACCACUAUGCUCCUAUGAUCUCUGCUGACGAUGGAACAGAUGUGAAUGAUGGCCUUGGCGCAGACAUGGAUUUCAAAUUAGGACAGCCUUUCCGGCCUUUCGAUCAACUCAUGGGUGUCUUGCCCGAUCGUAGUAAGAAAAUUGUGCCUACUGCCUAUUGGGAUCUGAUGACCUCGGCCGAAUCCCCUAUCUAUGACUUUUACCCUCGUGAUUUCGAUCUCGACAUGAACGGGAAAAAGAUGGAGUGGGAAGCCGUCGUCAAGAUCCCAUUCAUUGACGAAAAGAGGCUGUUAGCGGCGCUCAAAACGAAAGAAAACCAACUCAGCGCGGAUGAGAAAGCCAGAAACGACUUUGGGGCAUCACUUAAAUUCACCUACUCUCCAGAUGUGAACUUCGUUUACCCGUCUUCAAUGCCUGGCGUGUUCCCAGACCUUCCGAACUGUCGUUGUAUCGAGAACCUCUUUGACCUCCCUGUCAUGGAUGGGCUGGUGCCUUACGCUGGCUUGAUGGAUGGCGUGCAUCUAGGCGAGGCAGCUCUUGCCGGCUUCCCUAGUAUCAAGACAUUGCCGCACCACGGUCAACUAGGUUUCCAUGGAGUCUGCGUAUUCCAGCAAGACAGCCGCAAUGAGAGUCAAGUUGUUACACUACUCGACCCGGGAAGUCGGUCGAGCAUUGAAGUAGCCAAGAAGAAGCUUGGGAAGCGUGUCCAUGUGGGCUACCCCUUCCUCCAGGAGGCUCUCGUGGUUCGUGUCUCGGAUGAGCUAUUUGAUUAUAUCCUCCCUCCAGGAGAACAACACCCUGUAUCCAUCCCCCACACCCCUCAGCAAAUCGAACAGUGGAAAAGGAAGGCCAAUAAGAUUGAGAGUGUCUACAGCAAACGCCUUGCAAUCAUUAUCGGAGACGUGGAAUCAUUGGUUCACAUUCAACUCCUCAAGGGAAUGACCAAGACAGAUGAUGGUGCCACUAUCAAAGAAUUCGCUGAGAUUCCCGGCCAAGAGACGGACUACGCUCUCCAGGUGGUUGUCGAUGAUGUGAUUAAUCCCGACCAGCGUUUCAUUGAACGGGAAGCUGUCGCCAUCGAGGAGGAAUUCCCCGAGGGUUCUCGUGCCUUCUUCUUGGGUGAUUUCAAUUAUGGAAGACCUGUGCAUGUUGGGGGACAUGAAGAUGGAAAAGUGAAUGGAUUGAUCGCGGCCGUGAAAGGCCGGGAGCCAGAAUUCGGUCGAGAGCGUGUCAGAGUCGCUGAGCAGCUUUGUCCCUACAUGCCUUCGUACGCUGUGGCACGCAGCCUUCGCCUUAAUCCUUUGGUGUUAGCUAAGAUCACAUCUUCCUUUACUGUCGAUAUCGAGGGCCAGCGUGCGAACCUUGGUCUGAACCUGAAGUUCCAAGCAAAGCAACAGAAGGUUCUUGGAUACUCCCGUCGCGGAGAAUCUGGCUGGGAAUUCAGCCAGAAAGCAGUGGAAUUGAUUCAGCAGUACAUGAUCAACUUCCCCGAGUUCAUUGCUGGCAUCCAGCGCAACCCUCAGAGCGACCGUUAUUCCCCAACUGAUUUCUAUCCCGAGGAAACUGCUGCGCUCAAGAUGAAGGAAAUCAAAGACUGGCUGAAAUCUGCAGAAGCCAAGAACUUCGAUAGAGUGCCUCUCGAUGCUGAGCAACUUGAUUCGGAUAUUGUGAUGUUGAUUGAGCAGGAUGCCGAUGGUCUCAAUCUGUCCCAGCCAGACAUGCAACCGAAGAAGGUUCGGGGUGUACCCCGAAGCGCCCUUCUUCGUCCUGCCGAUGUUGAGCACCGUCUCGGAAACCAAACCUUCAAGCUUGGCGAGCGAGUUGUGUAUGCCCAAGAUUCUGGCAAGGUUCCAAUUGCUACACGUGGUACUGUCGUCGGUCUCACCAGAACCCCGCGAACCCUUCUGCUUGAUGUUGUCUUUGAUGUGUCGUUCAUGAGUGGCACGACACUCGGCGGUCGUUGCUCGCCUUUCCGUGGCCAAACUGUUCUAGCUUCCUCCGUUCUCAACAUUUCCAACCGACAGCUCAUCACCAGCUCCCGCGCUGCGGCCAGUCAGCAAACUCAGCAGACGCAAACCCCGUUGACUGUUGCCGGGUACGGUGCCCCCUCUGGUCCUCACGGACAGGGACAACUGAGAAAUGCAGCCCCUCCCCCGCCCUUGAGAGGCUCUUUCCGAGGAGCAGUUUCCGGACAGGGUAAUGGAAGCGGCCGUGGAGGCCGUGGAGGUCUUAACAACGGGCAACAAACCACUCUUCCGUUCCGUCCCCACACCAACGGUGGCGGUAUUCCCCGUGGGCCUCGUAAUGGUCGUGGAGGUGGCCGUGGCGGAUACAUCCCAAUGGAAAACGGCGAUCCCAAUGAAGGUGUGAUCCAAAACAACCCCAACUUCCGUCCCCAAAACUACAAUAACGUCCCGCCGCCGCAAGGCAUGGAUCGAGGACGUGGUCGUGGCCGCGGUCGUGGUAAUGGAUUCCGUGGUAGAGGAGGCCGUGGGCGAGGUGCGCCCCAAACCAAUACCCAGUGA